AUGGACGUUCCUGUCCCAGCAGACACGGGAGGUCCCUGUUACUACGGUGGACGGGAUAGAGGAAGGUUGGUGUCGCACGACACAACCAACAACGGGCCUUUCCUGUCGGGGGCACCAGGCGGCAUUGAGCCUAUACGGGACAUGACGGGUGUCUGCAGAAUACGUUUCGACGUGAAUUGGCUGAGAUGGGCCGUGCUGGUGAAUGCGGGAGUGAAUGAGAUCCCGAGAUGGUGGGGUGUGAGUGGUGGUAGGUGCCCGGGCUGAAAAGAUGAAGCUGAGGUGCAGGACCUAAAGAAACAAAAAAAAAACCCCCCGCAUGAUUUGUUCGGCUGCAGCACAGCACCAUCCGUCCAGUUGCUCCCUCCAGAGAACAGCGUCGUCAGCAAGGAGGCCGAAUUGAUCGAGGUGCAGCUGCAAUCUAGAAAUAUCGGGAAUGCGCCUUAGCGCCUACUACGGAAUCUCGGCCACCGUCCAACGGGGCGGCCCUGGCACGGCAACUGGUCGCGUUGGACGGCGUGUACGGAUGUGUUCUACAGCAGCUCUGUGGGUAUACUUAUGUCCUUCUCCCAACGAGAACGUCAGAGCGAAAGAAGAAGGGGAAAAAAGAUUACGGAGCUGCUCUGAUAGGCAAAAGGGCCAGGGCACAUGAGCGACAAGAGGCGCCGACCUGGCCCGGGGAUUGGGCGGGCCGUCAUUGCGGCGGUGAGCAGUGGACGAGUGCCUUGGAAAACACAGGAUGUUUGUUGGCUGCUGGCCCAGGGGUGGCAGUGAAGGACGUCGUCCCGUCACAAGACCUUGACAGAUUGCGGCGGUGAACUGGACAGCUCAGAGGAGGGGGAAUAUCAAAAGCUCGUGGGCGGCUGAGGGCAAUAAGUGGAUUUCAUCAAAAUACUGGUGCCCCUCAGGGGGCGCCCCUGGGGCUGUGAUGAUCUCGUUCAUGGCCAGCGCAGAUCCAAGGAGGCGGAAUAUUGCGGAUCAACAUCCACAUGGGAAAUGCAAGCAAGCUCGAUUUGUCCAGGCUGCAUGGAAGAGCACUCCAAACAAAACAUUACUCACAUGCAUUAACUGGUAAAGGUGUCUUCUUCUCCAGAAGACGCCAUGCUUUUG